UUUGCAAUUUUUAGAGAUUUGUGUGUUUUAUUGAUUUAACAGGGUUCAGCACUUAUUCCUUCCUCAUCGGAGUUGUUGUUGGGGCAGUUUUGGUGAUCUUAUGUGUCUCAGCAUUUCUUUACAAACGAAUCUACAAGACUAAAAUGGGCACUAAAUCUGCAUUUACUCAGACUGAAGAGGCUGUUUCACAGGACAAUGACGGAGAGCCGAUUUAUGUCAAUGAAGUCAUGAUGUCAUCAGCCCGAGCUGCCCAACUAGGAUCUUCUUAUAAACCAUCUUAAAAUGUCUACACCCUGCUGCUUCCUGUCUACUUCAUGACAUUACGGUGAACUUCUGCUAUUUGCCAAAAUUCAGAGGAUUUAUCAAACAUUUCUCAACCGUCUUCAAUAGUCUCACCUUCUUUUAAUGGGAAAAUGGGUUUAGCAGAGAAAAUCAGCAUUUUUGUCUUUCUCUUACAAGGUGUUUACUGUAGAGAUUAUGACAUCUUCUUGCCAGAGAAGAUUGAAGCUCUCAGUGGAUCAUGUGUGAUUAUAGAGUGCAGAUUUGAGAUUGUUCCAGAAAUGGAUAAAUACCUCACUGAAGAAAAUGCUGUAGGAUUUUGGUUCAAUGGAAAAAAAGAAGUAUUUCAUUCUAAACAUCACAAAGCUGAUCAUUUCGAAGGUACAAUGUCUGAAAAACUACAUGAGAAGAACUGCACCACUGUCUUUUAUAAUGUUGGUUCAGAUCACAAUAAUAAAUUUUACUUCAGAAUUGAGAGUACUGUAAAUGGUAUUGGGCUGAAAUACAGCUACAAUAAAAAACUCUCCACCAUAAAUGUCGUUGAGUCUCCUGUGAAUCCACGAAUUGUGCUGUAUGAGGAUGAGCAGGAGCUGCAGGAUCAGCAGGAGGUGUUGGAGGGCAGAUCUGUUAGUCUGCGCUGCUCUGCUGAGACUCUCUGCUCUAUUCCUCCAGCAACUCUCACAUGGAGCUCCGCUGGCAAAAUCCUCCUCAGUGAGAGCAGCAAACUACAGGAGCUUGUCGUCUCUGCUCUGAACUUCACUGCUGCUCCGCGGCACCACAGAGUCACUUUCACCUGCUCUAUAAGCUACCAGCUGCAAGACAACAACAAAACAGCUCGAAGCAGCAUCCCAUUACAUGUGCAGUAUUCCCCUAAAAACACCUCAGUUUCUGUCUUUCCCUCUAACUCUGUGUUGGUGGGCCAUUCAGUGACUCUGACCUGCAGCAGUGAAGCAAAUCCUGCAGUGCUGAUCUACAGCUGGUCUAGAGAGACUAAAGGACAGUUGGAGAUGCUGCAGACUGGAGAAACUCUUACCUUUAAUGAGACGGCAUUAUCACACAGUGGCUUGUAUAUCUGUACAGCUCAAAACAAACAUGGCACCCAGACAAAAGCAGUGAUGCUCGACAUCCAGUAUGUUCCUCAAAUCUCCAGCUCCUCCAGCUGUACCAGUACUGGUGUUACUGAGUGUUUCUGUGAGGUUGAUGGGAAUCCCUAUCCUGAGGUGGAGUGGCAUUUGUCUGGACAUCUCGUCUCGAACUCUCCAAACACGUUCAUCAGUGAAAAGCGAUUGAGCAACACAAGCUUGAGGAGCGUCAUCUCUCUACAGUCUCUUACUCACAACUCUCUGCUGUGUGUCAGUAAAAAUGCUCAUGGCAAUGCAAGUCAGCUGUUUUAUUUGGUUUUCAUUACUGAAAAUGAAUGGUUUAACAUUUACUCCCUUAUGAUUGGAGUUCUUGCUGGAACUUUAUUUGUGGUGAUCUUAUGGGCCUCAAUACUGCUCUGCAAACGAAACAGGACUCAAAGGACUGAUAAAACUAUACUUAUUCGGACUGAUGUGGCUGAUUCAGUGAACAACGGGGAAGAGUCUUUUUAUGCCAAUAAAGUGAUGAUGUCAUCAGCCGAAGCCCCAACACAAAAUCAUCGAGAUCACCUACAGUAUUCCACUAUUAACUUCAUAAACAACAGACCAGAGUCAAACCUUGUCAGAGGAAUCUCUUCGCUUACCACAGAGUAUGCUGCGAUCCAAUAUUGUAGCCAAAAUGUAGCAGUAAGUGAAGCAACGAGUGGGGAAGUGCCAUCGGUGCUGCCAAAUGAAGAUCCCGUUUAUCAGGUUCCUAACAAAGCAGCAGACAGAACUAAAAGAAAAUAGACUUGAGAGUGCAAAAAUGAGGUUGAAUGUAAAAAAGCACACAAUACAAUAUUUCUAAAAACACCUUAAUUCAUUCAAACAGGCCUUUUAGAGUUUACUUAAAUGUAUCAGUUUUCAUCAGCAAACUAUAGAUGACUGUUUCUUGGUUACCAUUGAUAUUAAAUGGUGUCAAGGUGACAUUUAAAGUAAUUUCCCUUUAAGUUCACCCUAGUAUUCUAUAGAGUAUUAUUUCCUUUAGGAAUUUAAAUUCUGCUAACCUUUUUUAUGAAUAUCACUUUGUUUAUUAGUUUGCUAUCUGAUUCCAAUUCCAUUCAAUUUCACAUAGAAAUGUGUGCUUAGCGAUGCUCUUCAAAUACGCAAUGUUCAGAUAUACAGUUGAAGUCAGAAUUAUUAGCCCUCCUGCAAUCUUUUAUUCAUUUUCAAAUAUUUCCCACUUCACAGUAUUUCCUAGAAGAUUUAUU